AUGCCUGCUCCUCCCUCCACCCCCGCAACAGCCAACAGGUCCAACAGGAAGACAGACGGUGAUGAUGUGUCCGCAUGGAGGUGGAAACACAAUAAGAAGAACUCCACCAUUUGUGUUGGACCGGAUGGGCGUACUGGUGAAGAUUACCUUGUCAACUGGAUGUCUGUGCCUGAGAACUGGGCUGCCUACUUGGACUCCAACAAUAGAGCCAAGUUUGCCGCUGACGUGAUCUACAAAUGGCUUUCCGAGAAGAAAAUCAAAAAUUUUGAAAAGGCUAAGGCCUCUGGAGUCCAGGACCGGAUUCAGAAAAUCAAGAAGGUGUUCGAUGAAGCUUUGGCCCUCCAGAAGCCCACUGGCGAAGGGGUCACAGAAGAUGAUCUGGCGAGAGGCAUCAAGACGUGGGAGGACCCAGUUGUGAAGUAG